AGACUGAACUUACAGCGAGUUAAAAUUGUUUAUCAUGUGGGAAGCAAAGGGGGCAGGUUGUACAUUGAGAGGCAAAAUAACUGGCGUGGACAUACACACACACACAGGGAGAGAUUGAGAUGCGAAUCCUUGUUGGUGCAAAAUCUCUCCAAAUCCACUGCAAUUGCGCAAAGCAUAAAUGAGGCGUUGGAGGAAGAAUUGAGAAGUUGGGAUAGUUUGUGUGUGCCAGGUCCCAGUGCUACUGCUGGGAGGGAGAAAGCGAGCUUCGGGGAGAAAAAUCCAAAUGCUGCGCUAAUUGCAAUUGUGUGCAGAAAGAAGUAUGUUUGCCCCCGUUGUUCAGCGCAGGGAGGCAACUCAUGGGAUGUAGUCGCAGUCUACACCUCGCUUCUCUCCGGGCUCAGACCAAGGCGCCGCUGCUGCUGCUGACCAUGAUCACGGUCUUCACCUAUUUCGUCUACUGUCUGUCGGGCUGCAGCAGCGACGGCGCUGCCGCCGGGGCAACGAUGCCCGUGUUGUACAGCCAGCGCCGGGCACCCACUGCGCUGCUGCCCGCUCAUGUCACAGCGGCAGCGGCAGCGGCAGCGGCUACAGACACGGGACGGGAGCGGCGCAGCGCCCAGCCCGCAGCGCGGAACAUCUCAACCUUCAACAACUUCGGGAUUAAAAAGUUCCCCCAAGCCAUCAUCAUCGGGGUGAAGAAAGGAGGCACCCGCGCCCUGCUGGAGUUCCUGCGGAUCCACCCCGAGGUCAGAGCCGUGGGAGCAGAGCCUCAUUUCUUCGACAGGAACUACGACAGGGGUCUGGAGUGGUACAGGAACCUCAUGCCCCGGACUCUGGAAGGACAGAUCACCAUGGAGAAAACGCCCAGUUACUUUGUCACCAAAGAAGCCCCGAAGCGCAUCUCCUCCAUGUCGAGGAACACCAAGUUGAUCGUGGUGGUGAGGAACCCUGCCACCAGGGCCAUCUCGGAUUACACCCAGACCCUGUCCAAGAACCCGGGGGUCCCCAGCUUUCAGGCGCUGACCUUUAAAAACGUCAGCACGGGUCUGAUCGACACCACGUGGAGCGCGGUCCGCAUCGGCAUCUACGCCAAGCACCUGGAGAACUGGCUGCAGUAUUUCCCCCUCUCCAAGAUCCUCUUUGUGAGCGGGGAGAGGCUCGUUAGCGACCCGGCCGGCGAGAUGGGCCGGGUGCAGGAUUUCCUGGGCCUUAAGAGGGUCGUUACUGACAAGCAUUUCUAUUUUAACGAGACCAAGGGCUUUCCCUGUCUGAAGAAACCCGAGGGCAGCAGUAAACCACGUUGCCUGGGCAAAUCAAAGGGAAGGACUCACCCGAAAAUAGAUAUGGAUGUUGUCCUACGGCUUAAAGAAUUCUACAGGCCAUUUAAUCAGAAGUUCUACCAGAUGACGGGCCAGGACUUUGGCUGGGAGUGAAAUACAUUAUACUUAGCACAAACAACUGGCAAUUAACUGCAUGUAGAGCAACUGAGUUCGUUCAUGUUAACCUUUUCUCAGCACUCGGUUUCUCUGGGAAUUUGUAAAGGUUCAGUCUCACUUGCCUCAAUUUUUGCGAGAGUUCAUGAAAUCCUUUUUACAGGUUUUUUUAUGCCGAACUUUAUUAAUAAAAAAACGUUACAUGACAAACCAAGGAAUAAUACUCAGAGGGGAACGAAAUUCUAAAGUGCUGCUUUCAUGUUUGGUAUUGAAAAUGAACUGCAAGAUCUCACCGGUCCAGAAAUGCUGAAUAUUAAGGAUAAUCUUUAGAGGUUGCAAGAUUUUUAAAAUAAAUGACGUUGCUAGGCGUCUCUCUGAAGUAUUCUGAAUCUACUCUUAGGAACUGCAGAUGCUAGUUUACACCAAAGAUAGACGCAAAAUGCUGGAGUAACUCAGCGGGACAGGCAGCAUCUCUGGAUAGAAGGAAUGGGUGACG